ACAUCAACACCAACUUCAACAGCAUCAAACAUCGCCAUCCGCCGACCGACACCGACGUUACCGCCGCGUUCGAAUCCGCAUUUUUUCAUCGCCGUUAUCCGCACUCAACUCUAUCCUACCAUUUUUUACCUCGCGACUCCGUAAACAAUGGCUGGCGGAAAGGGCAAGUCCUCGGGCGGAAAGAGCUCUGGUGGGAAGACGAGCGUCGAGGGACCCAAGAAGCAACAGAGCCACUCUGCGAGAGCUGGGCUUCAGUUCCCGUGCGGUCGUGUCAAGCGUUUCCUCAAGCAAAACACCCAGAACAAGAUGCGCGUGGGCGCCAAGGCCGCCGUGUACGUGACUGCGGUGCUCGAAUAUCUGACCGCCGAAGUUCUCGAGUUGGCAGGAAACGCCGCCAAGGACCUCAAGGUCAAGCGUAUCACCCCUCGCCACCUUCAGCUGGCCAUUCGUGGUGAUGAAGAGCUCGAUACCCUGAUCCGCGCGACAAUUGCACAUGGUGGUGUGCUGCCACACAUCAACCGUGCUCUGUUGCUCAAGGUCGAGCAGAAGAAGAAGGCCAAGGCUCUGGAGGGUUGAUCGGACGAGUCAGGUUUAUCUGCUUUCUGUUUCUGUCGGGUGCUGGUUUUGGGUCGGUAAUGCAGGAAUGCUUUGUUUCGUUAUGAGGAGGCGUCUUCAGCUGGGCGGACGUCCACGAGGCUUGGAUAGCCGAGGAGCUUUGGAGGCACGAAC